AUGGUGCGCCUCCCUCUUGCGUUGGUGGCCUUUUGUGCAGGACUUGGCUUCGGCUCGGCGGGGGAGACACGGCUCCGGGGGCGGAAGCAGUCAAGCGAAGACGCGGCGGAGUGGUCCUUUCUGAACCCGAAUCCAGAGAUCCUCGUGUGGGAUGAGGAGACCGUGAUACUUCCCGGUGGCCACGAGCGCUACAGCGGGUGGUUGAAGACUCCCCUCGUACAUGACCUGGCCAUGUCACCCUACGAAGCGGUGCCCUACAUUUGCCUCCGGGUAAAUGGAAUCCCUGCGACACAGCAGCCUGCCCAGAACGGGCCACUGCUGAUCCACUGUGGUGGGCCAGGAAGCGGCAAGGAAUGCCUGCCGAAGAAAGGCUUCGACAUUCGCGGCGAAGGCAAUGCCAGCGACCUGAACUCUCAUUUCGAUUGGUGGGCGAUCGACCAGCGAGGGGUUGGACUGGGAGGAGCGUCCGACGACAACGUCACAACACCUCCUUGCCCCUUCAAGUAUCCAUCCGGAGAAGAUAUCCUUCCCUUCCCGGAAUUCCACUGCAACGAGAUCGUGACCUCACCGCUGAACUUGGAGCAGAUCAUCCAGCUGAUGAUUGGCACGGAUGCAUCGGAAAGUGAUAUUGCAGAGGCGAAGGAGUACGUGUAUCCUAUUUUGGCCUUCGGUGGGCUGGCGGAUACCAACGAAGGCAUCAUGGCCUUCAACGAGACCUACGUCCGAUGGUUCUACCGUCUGCUCAAGCUGGAGCACAGUCUCUGCUACACAGCCCCACGAUACAAGUUGACCUCACCCAGUGGACGCGAGUACAACGUUCUCCGUUUUGGUGGGACUAUCGACCUGGCCCAAGACAUCGACCAGUUCCGACGCGCGAUCGGAGCGCCGAAGAUGUCUAUUUAUGGCAUGUCUUACGGUACUGCGGUUGGGGGGUCGUAUGGCACGGUCUUCCCGAAGUACGUGGGACGGUUGGUCUUGGAUGGAGCAGCUCUGCAAAAGAGCAUCGAACAU